UGUGUCAGUACAAUAACAGCAACUAAAAUUUUCAGUACACCAGUAUUCGCUCAGUUUCGGUUUAAUCUUAGCACUGGUGUUCCUGAAUUGGCAGCUUCUUUUGAACUGUCCACUGAGUUUUUGGUCAUACCACAUCCUGCUCAGUUCGACAGCUUAUUUGAAUAUGGUAUGUAGUCACUGUCCAAAGUGAGGGGAAUCAAACACUUUGCAAGGUUAUUAGCGGUCCUCUGAGCUUUGGCAGACGGUUGAGCAGAUAUGGUAGACAGGGUGCAGGUGCUGCCGUACUUCUUCGGCAACAUCACGCGAGAGGAGGCGGAGGAGUACCUGCGGCAGGGAGGAGCGGGGGAUGGCCUGUACCUGCUGCGCCAGAGCCGCAGCUUCCUCGGCGGAUUCGCUCUGUCGGUGGCCUACGGCCGCCAGUUCUACCACUACACCAUCGAGAGGGAGAUGAACGACACCUAUGCCAUCGCCGGCGGAAAAUCCCACAGAAACCCUAUAGAUGUGAUCGACUACCACUCGCAGGAGUCCGACGGGCUCGUCUGCCUGCUGAAGAAGCCCUUCAACCGGCCCCGGGGCACCGAGCCUAAAGUCGGGCCCUUUGAAGACCUCAAGGAGCAGCUCAUCCGGCAGUACGUCAAACAAACCUGGAACUUACAGGGUUCGGCUCUGGAGCAGGCUAUCAUCAGCCAGAGGCCUCAGCUGGAGAAACUCAUCGCUACAACGGCUCAUGAGAAGAUGCCGUGGUUCCAUGGCAAGAUCGACCGCGAGGACUCAGAGCUGCGGCUGCGCAGGAGCUCACACGUCAACGGCAAAUUCCUAAUUAGACAAAGAGAAAACAAUGGCAGAAACGUGUCCUAUGCUCUGUGUCUCCUGCAUAAUAACCAAGUCAUGCACUAUCGCAUUGAUAAAGACAAGGCUGGCAAACUCUCCAUUCCUGACGGGAAGAAGUUCGACACACUUUGGCAGCUGGUAGAACAUUAUUCCUACAAGCCUGACGGCCUGCUCCGAGUGCUCACCGAGACCUGCCCGAGACCGUCACAGGAUUCAGUCCUAGGUGCCACAGGUGGGAUUCUCUCCAGAAUCAAAUCAUACUCCUUCCCCAAACCUGGCCAAAAAAAGGGUCAUACUGAAAAUCCAUAUAACUUCAGAUUAAACCUCAGAGGUGAACUUCCUAAGCCUAAUUUCUUCAGCACAGAGGCUAUGCCAAUGGACACGCAGGUGUAUGAGAGUCCAUAUGCGGAUCCUGAAGAGCUGCGGUCAACGACAGUGAAGCGGAGCGACCUGACUCUGGAAGAUGGAGAGUUGGGCUCAGGCAACUUCGGCACUGUCCUGAGAGGAGUCUACCAGAUGAAAAAGACACAGAAGGUUGUCGCUGUUAAGAUCCUGAAGAACGACGAUAAUAACGAGGCGGUGAAGGACGAGAUGCUGCGGGAAGCGAACGUCAUGCAGCAGCUGGAUAACCCGUACAUCGUUCGCAUGAUCGGCAUCUGUGAAGCUGAGAACCUCAUGCUGGUCAUGGAGCUCGCUGAGCUGGGGCCACUGCACAAGUUCCUCCAGAAGAGCAAACACAUCACUAUGAAGAACAUCACAGAGCUGGUUCAUCAGGUCUGUAUGGGAAUGAAAUAUCUGGAAGAGCACAACUUUGUUCACAGAGAUCUUGCAGCCAGGAACGUGCUUUUAGUCACUCAGCACUAUGCCAAGAUCAGCGACUUCGGACUCUCUAAAGCCCUGACAGAAGAUGAGAACUAUUACAAGGCCAAAGGUCAUGGUAAAUGGCCGCUGAAGUGGUACGCUCCCGAGUGCAUGAACUACCUGAAGUUCUCGUCCAAGAGCGACGUGUGGAGCUUCGGAGUCCUGAUGUGGGAGGCCUUUUCAUACGGACAGAAACCGUACAAGGGUAUGAAAGGAAAUGAAGUCAUCCAAAUGAUCGAGAAUGGAGAGAGAAUGUCUGCUCCUCCUGACUGCCCGGCUGAGAUGUACGACCUCAUGAGGAAAUGCUGGACAUACAAGCCGGACGAGAGACCUGGAUUUUCAGUAGUUGAACCCAGAUUGCGGCAUUACUAUUAUGACAUAUCUCAGUGAUGAGCAAACAUGUACAAUUAUACGAUACAGUAUUUCAAAACAGUCUUGAGGUGGUAUAGUAAUUUUUUCAUUGCCAUUUUUCAUGAUAAUAUUUGUUUAUAUAUUUUUUUCCCUCCAUCAUUGGUGCAAAUUCUAAUUAGAUGAUUGACAGCAUUUUGUUUUUAAUCAUUUAAAGCAAUAACUCUUCUUGUAUUAUUUGUACUUCCAAGCUAUUUUUGUUAGAAGCAAAAAUGGUUAUUAAAUGGUUGAUUUUGUUUGUAAAAGCAUGUUUAGAAAGAACAUCAGUGUUUUGUGUUUGAAGCCAAGUCAGUAUUUUAUGUAACAGCAGUAGGAUGACCAGUCAAGAGCUAAACAUGUUUUUUUAUCUUUAUCUAAGUGCCAAAUUCUUUUUUCUUUUUCUUUUUUUUUUUUUUGUUUAUGGUUAAAAAGUUGAGUGUUAAAACAGGCUGGUAUUCAUUCUCUGUGUGGACAGUGUUUACUUCUCAUGAUCAGGUACAAUGUAAGCAUAUAUUUUGCAUGUCAUCUAUGACAGCCUAAGCAAGGUCUUCGUCAGUAAUCUUUUAGGAUUUGUUUCCUCCAUGCUUCUGUUGUCCUAUAUGUGAAUUCAUUGCAUAUUCAUUGUGAUUUGUCAGCUUGAUUCAGUCGCUCCAAACUUUGCACAAGCUUGAUAACUGAACAGCAUGGCAUGACACAUUAAAUCUUGCUCUUCCUCAGUUUGAUGAGAUUAAUAAAUGAUGAGCAAACUGAACAAGUAUGGCUGCAAUACGAUUGUCAAAAAAUGCUUUAAAAAUAAAUAA